AUGAAAAAUCGGCGAUUCAUUCAUGUCAUCUUGGCUGGUCUUCUUGGUUUAUUUGUAAUUUUUAUUAUAUCAAGUUUUAUUUAUACGUCACCUUCGGUUGUUUUACCUUUAAAAAUCGAUUAUCGACGACGACCUGAAUGUACAUGUGUAAGAUCUGAGUUACCUUCAUUAUUAUCUGUUUUAAAAUCUGAACAAAACGAUAGUCAAACAUCUCUUUGUAGUCAAUAUGCCACACAACGAGGACCUCAUCAACGUAUUAUUUCAAUCAGUCUUUUUGGCCCAAAGGAAAAUAAAAUGUUUCAAUUUAAUCGAUCACUUAAUUUUCUUCAUGAACUUAUACAAGAUCUGAAUAUGAGAUAUUCUGAUGGAUUUGUAUUACGUAUUUAUCAUGAUAAUACAACCAAUACAACAGAUAUUAUUUGUCCUAUUGAAUGUAACCAUUCAAAUGUGGAUUUUUGUGAGAUGAAUCAUAAACUUUAUAUUCCACCAAAAAUUUGGCGUUUUAUACCAGCUGGUGAUCCAUUAGUUGAUGUCAUGAUGAGUCGUGAUCUUGAUUCAGCAUUAACAAAACGAGAACGUGAAGCUGUUGAUGUAUGGCUUGCUUCGAAUAAAUCAUUUCAUGCUAUGCGUGAUCAUCCUAUGCAUAGCGUACCUAUGCUUGGUGGUAUGUGGGGUUUUCGACCAUCAUUGAAUCGAAACUUAUCCCGUUUAAUACACGAUAAAAUUCAUAAUCAAGAUUUAAUUAGAAAUUAUACUGGUCGUGCUGAUCAAGGAUUUCUUGCUGCUCAUAUUUGGCCAUUUGCAAAAGCAAGUGCUAUUGCACAUGAUAGCUUUUCUUGUGCACAUGGAUUUGGACAUCCAGCACAGCCAUUUCCAACACAACGACCAUUAGCUAAUGAAACAAAUUGUUUUGUAGGUUGUGUGCGACCAUGUUGUGGUCAUGGAAGAAUGCCAUUUGGCCAAUGUCCAAUACAAUGUCGACCAAACGAACAUCCAGAAUGGAUUUAUUGUUAG